CCACGCGUUAAGCGGCGACAACCAGUCAAUCCUGUCGAAUAUCCCUUUGCGGCGCAAUUGAUCAUAUCUGACGUAGGUAUGUCUGCAGCAGACGGAGAGUCAGGGCACAGUCAUUGUAGCGGCGUGCUGAUUUCACCACGACAUGUUCUGACUGCUGCACAUUGCUUAUACGAUAAUUCUCCAAGCAUUUUGUGCAUUCCUGGGUUAGGCCCAUUUGAGACCGUGCACAGUGUCAUUGUUGAACUCCAAAGCAUAUGUCAUUACGAAGAAUGUUGGGCAUGGAAAACACAACAUGCAAUUGCAUCAGUAACCCUGCAUCCGAAUGAUAUACCUUGCAAGAAUGCUAAAACUUUGGAUUAUGCAUUAUCUCUUGCACAAAAUGACAUCGCUGUGGUAGAAUUGAACGAGGACGUGGGCACUGCGCCUAUUUGUAUGCCCGAUACGAAUUCCGUGAUUUCUGAUCCUAAGAACUGCGAGUCGCUUGGAUAUGGUAAAGGUAAUUGGAUUCUACGCUGCCAUGCCACACCAUGUUGGUCCAGAAAUUUCUGCCUUUUACCUACUUGA